AUGUAAUGGGGAGGUCUGGGAGUUGCGACGAUAAUGGGCAUCCUUGCUAGGGCUUCGUUUCUUGGCCUCGGAUUGGCGUUAUAUAUAAGCAUUGGACCGUCAUGAAGAACAAAGCAAGCAAGCAGACUUAAGUUCAACAAGAACAAAUAAGAAGAGGAAGAAAUGAGGAGCUUUACUAAUUCCACGCUUCUUUCAAAAUCCGCCAUUUCAUCUCAUACCCUAAGUAGUAAUUAUCAUCACCUGGGAUCACUCAGCUUCAGCAACUUCAGCUAUCCUGCCGUUGUUCGCCCUAAUUACUUUCACAGAAGUAGGCCUACAGGUGUCGGAGCUCUGAAAGUUAUUUCAGAAGGAGCAUUAGAGAAGAAGACAGAUGACCCAUCACCGUCGCAGCUGAACACAUUUGAUCCAGAUGAGGAUGAGAAUGAAGGGAGGAUUGAGAGCUUAGUGAAAGAAAUCAAGGAAUUGUUCUCAUCAAUUGGAGAUGGUGAGGUCAAUCCAUCAGCCUACGACACAGCAUGGAUUGCAAGAAUUCCAUCAAUUGAUGAUCCAACAAAACCAUUGUUUCCAAGAACAUUGGAGUGGAUAAUGAAGAACCAGCUUGAAGAUGGUUCAUGGGGAGAGUCCACCUUCUUCUCUUUGUAUGAUAGACUUGUCUGCACUCUAUCUUGUAUUAUUACUCUCACAAAAUGGAGCCAAGGAGAUGAACUAAUUGCUCGAGGACUUCAUUUUUUGCAAACACGUAUUCAAGAUCUUGGCAAUGAAAAAAGUGUAAGAACUGUUGGUUUUGAGAUGAUAUUUCCUUCAAUGCUUAAUGAAGCCAAGACUCUCGGGCUCCACCUUCCGUAUCAUCUGCCUUGUAUGAAGCAUAUCAUCAAGCUCAGAGAGGAAAAGAUGAGGAGGAUCCCAAUGAGACUGAUGCACUCAGUUCAAACUACUCUGCUUCACUCAUUAGAAGCAAUAGAUGCUAAUUUGGUGCAGUGGGAUAGAAUUCUAAAGCUGCAAUGUGCAAAUGGAAGCAUGUGGGAUUCACCUUCUGCUACUGUUGCAACUUAUUUGAACACUAAUGAUGAAAAGUGUUUUGAAUACUUAACAUAUAUAGUGAAGAGAUUUAAAGAUCAUGCACCUUUCACAUAUCCACUAGACACUUUUGAGCGUGGUUGGAUGAUCGACACAAUCCAACGGUUGGGAAUAGAUCAUCACUUUCGCGAAGAAAUUUUUGAUACUCUUGACUACCUGUAUAGAUAUCUUAGGAAAGAUGGUCUAGGAUGGGAAAGAGAAGCCGUUGUUACUGAUAUUGAUGAUACAUGUAUGGGACUUAGAUUAUUAAGGUUACAUGGUUAUCCUGUUUCCUCUGAUGUGCUCGAGUACUUCAAGGAUAAUAAUGAUACCUUCUUAUGCUUCAUGGGUGAAACACAUAAAGGAGUUUCAGAGUUCUUCAACUUGUAUCGCUUCUCCCAAAUCGCAUUUCCAGGAGAGAAAAUAUUAAAAGAAGCAAAAAAAUUUGCCGAGCAACAUUUAAAGAUUGGCAUUAAUGAUAAUCAAGCGUAUGACAAAUGGGCUAUAAAGAAAGCCUUACAAAUGGAGAUUGAGUGGGGAUUAAGAAAUGAAUGGAAGAUGAGCCUUCCUAGGCUUGAUGCACAAGAAUACAUUAGAAAUUAUGGCGAAAACGAUGUUUGGAUUGGAAAAUCUGUCUAUAGGAUGUAUUAUAUCAAUAAUUCGAAAUACUUGGAACUUGCCAAGUUGGAGCACAACAAGCUGCAUGCCAUGCACACAAGAGAAGCUAAUUCAAUACUCACUUGGUGGAAUUCUUAUGGAUUUGACGAUCCUCUUAUCACCUUAUUAAACCCAAAGGAGAUUCACUUAUCAAUAUGCACAUCUAUAUAUGAGGAGGAGUUUUCAGCCUCAAGGAUUGCUUAUACCAAAUGGAAUUGCAUUGAAAACAUACUCAAAGACAUGUUUCAGAGCUAUGAAUCAAUCGAAGAACUCAAAUUAUUUUGUCAAGCAAUAAAUGAAUGGAAACCUGCAUUGGUGCAAGUUCUUCCAACCAAAUUGAAGCGAGUAUUUAUGGGAGUUUAUGAUACGAUGAAUGAACUGGAAACUGUAGCUAAGAAUGCCCAAGGAAAAGAUAUCAUUUCCUACUUACAUGAUCUGAGAAAAAAACAAGUACAACAAUACCUAUACACUAGAGAAGUUAAAGACACAAAGCAGAUUGAAAGUUUUGAAGAAUAUGUAGAUCAUGUUAAGAAUGGCCUUGCAGUGGCCAUUAGAUUAGUGCCAGCCAUGUUCCUCGUGAGAGAUGCUCUGUCAGCUAAGGCUCUCGAAGACAUGGUUCGCGGAUAAAAAAUUCUCAAGCAUCUGGCUUCAUAUGUUGCAUUAACUAAUUUGGUGACUAAGGACAGAGUUGCGGUUCGCUUGUACAUGAAAGAACAAAUUUGCCCUGAGCAAGAUGUUGUAUCUUACUUAAGCGAAAAGGUUGAUGAUGCUUUUGCUGAGUUAACACAUGAGUACCUGAAGCCCAAUAAAUAUACUCCACAUUCUUAUCUUAGACUGAUCUUUGAACAUGGUAGAAUUAUUAGAUUUCAUCUGGAGAAAAUCAAUACUAAUCAGUUUUUUGAGGGGUUGGAGAAAAUUUACAUUCCACUUUAAAGAAAUCAC